AUGUUGAAAAUCAAAAACGAAGAUGUUCAAGUUUAUGAGGAAUUAAGAGAUGUUCAACUUGAUCAACUGUCGAUGCCACAAUUUUUCGAUCAUCCUAGGGUUCAGGAACACUUGGAGGUGUUAAUGAAAACAAAUGAAGCUUUAGAAGAUGAUAGUAUUCAGCCAAAUAAAAUGUUAAGCCAUCCAAUUGUUUCAAAUCAGUUUCAUGAUCUUGAUGCUAUUAUUUCAAACCCUUCAGAAAAGCCUUCUCCUAAUUUUUCCGAUCAUGCUUGGGUUAUUGGUAAAUCUUCUACAAGCAAUGUAGGUCAAGUUUUUGGAUUAAAAAAUGUACGGGUAGUUGAAAACAUGACUAAGGGGAAUUUUUUGGAUUCAAUCAUUGGUUUAGAUACAGGUUUUAGAACUCCAAAUGAUCCAGUUCCUCUUAAUAGUUAUACAGGGAAGAUUAAAGAAUCUAUCAUUUUUUUCUCCAAUACCAAUACAAUCUUAUAA